CGCCGCUCAGGACAGUGGAAGCUGUCGAGUUCCAGGACGAUGGCACCUCCGAGCGGAUCGGCGGCAUACAAGAAGAAAGAUGGCACCCUGACCAUGUCUCAGGACUGCCAGUCCAUCUCGUGGAUCCCUGCGGCUGGCGGCGCUACUGGAACGAUUACGAUUCCAGUUUCUCAGAUCACUAAUCUACAGCAAACCCCGGCUAGUAACCCCAAAGUUAUGCUCAAGGUCUUCGUUCUUCCUCCCAACACGCCGAAUGAUUCUCCAGAUCAAUACGUCUUCUCCUUUACGGCCGGGGCCAACGCCCGAGCGGAAGCGAACGCCAUCAAAGAUGCACUCAGCACCGCCAUCCAGGCCGCCAAAACCGCGGCGAGCGCGACCCCGACUCCGACACCCGGUCGGACAGGAACCCCCGCCGGCGGGGAAGGGAUGUCAGCCGCUAUGGCGAUCGCGAGCGCGGUGUCCUCGGCCGGGCAGGCCCCAAAACCCUGGGAUGACGACCAGCGGCUCAAGGCGGACGUGGAGCUGCAGCAGUCGCUGCUCAAGGCCGAUGCGAGCCUGCAGCGCAUGUUUAUGGAAUCGCUGCACACCAAACCAGAUACCCUGUCCGCCUCGCAGUUCAUGUCGCAGUUCUGGUCGACGCGGCUGCACCUGCUGCGGGCGCACGCGAUCGAGCGGUCGCAGACGCGCGGCUCGUACAACGUGCUGUCGUCGCUGAAGCCGCGGGUCGAGGACAACGUGACCAAGCUCAAUAUCAGCAAGGAGCAGAUCCAGCUCAUUUUCAGCCAGCAUCCGCUUGUGAAGAGGGUAUAUGAUGAGAAUGUGCCGAAGCUGAGCGAGCAGCAGUUCUGGUCGCGGUUCUUCCAGAGUCGACUGUUCAAAAAACUGCGCGGCGAGCGCAUCUCCGAGAACGAUGCGACGGAUGCCAUUCUCGACAAAUAUCUGCGCGAGGACGAGCAGGCGAAUCCCGAGCGGGAGGCUCACGUGCCGCACUUUUUGGAUCUGGCGGGGAACGAGGUCAAUCACAGCCAGCGGCGCGGGAAUCGGCCGGAUCUGGACAUGCGGCCGUCUGGGGUGGACAAGGUGCCCAUCAUUCGGACGCUCAAUACGCUGAGCGAGAAGAUUAUGGCGAAUGUAGCGCCGGUGGAUCGCGACCCGUCGGCGCCUGUCGGUAUUGACGAGGAGACGUACAAUGAGCUGCAGUUGCGGGACUUGCGCGGGGACGAUGAACAGAACAGGAUUCUACUGAAUAUCCGGGAUCAGAGUCGGUUUUUCUCGCAGGCCAAAGUAACCGAAGAUGAGCAGAGUCGGCUAUUUGCCAAGCAGGAUCCCGACCAGAUCCUCCGUGAUCUACGCGUCCAGAUCGACCGGGACCUGCCGACCGAUGGGACAGCGCCAUUGGGAAAGCUUGUGGAGCCAGAGGAACUUGAAGAUGAGGACGAGCAGAAACAUGAUCAGCGGGCCGGAUCGCAGGCCAACUUGCAGCGCGCAUCGAAGCAGAUCCUUGAUGCCAUCCGCGACCGGCGCAACCAGACGGAGGCGACAUCCUCCGGGGGACCAUCGCUUGUGGAAUCGCUGAACCGGGCCAUGGAACGCAUUCAGUCUGUCGCAAACGACGCCGAGGCGGAGCGCCAGGUGGAAGUAAACCGACUCAAGCAGCAUGCGCGCGAGGUGCUAGAGGCUACGGGCAAGAAGAUCCGCCUCAAUCUUGCGGGAGUUACAGGUGGAGAGAAGGCCAUCAAGCAGUUGCUGGGGCCCACCAUCCGAGCAUUGGAGACUGCUCUAGCUAAGUACAAUACGGCAUACACUGAAGAAAUGCAGCGGCUGCAAUCGCUGGAAAAUAGAUAAUGUAC